UCUCAACCGAUAGACGACGCUGGUUGUGUUUCCUGUCGCCUCUGGAUGAUCAGAACAAAUUUUCCCUGCACUCGCGGUGGAUGUAUAAUUGCUAUAUCUAACGUUCUGAAAUCGACCCGGCACGUCACAGGCAGGCGAGUAGUGCAGUUUAGUUCAGUGAAUUUCGGUUACUCAUUGUGAUAAGCUCCGUGAACCAGAACGACAUCACACCAGAUGAUUGUAUAAUAGCACGAAUCGGUUAAAAGUGCGUUUUCUGUUACGAAAAGUGAGAAUGGUAUUCAUUGUUCACUGGACUGUCUCAUAACAGAAACAUUAUGGAUUCAAUUGAGCUGACUGAAGUGGAAAAAGCUGCGAAAACAUUAUUUUCCAAAAUCGUCGUGGAAGGAUCAUCAAUACCAUGUGAUAUAGGCAGCGGUAUCGAUUUGGAGCAGAAGCUUCCCCAGUGGUUUGAUGAAGCAAAAUUCAAAAGAGGACAGAAAUACUUCUUCGACAACCGAUUCGGAAUGAUGCAGUCCAACUACUGUGGGCUUGUGUCAUUGCUGUGCGAUCCAAAGGGCUUGACUAUUUUGCACAACACCGGACGUUCCAGUACUUCAGAAACCGCCCGUAAACGAUAUAUAUCAACCACUCUGCAUAUGCUGUCAUGGUACGAAAUUGAUCUUUCACCAGGUUCAAAAUCAUGGGCCUCCCUACAACGAGUGCGCAAGAUGCACUUGAAUGCAUCAAAGCGAUCGCAAGAAAAAGACAUCGGUUUCAUCACACAAACGGAAGUGUCCCUAACGGUUUUUGGAUUUCUUGGGUAUGCCCUGAUUCGUCCGCAUCUUCUUGGCAUCCGAUAUGACAACGACGAUGAUCGAGAAGGAUUCGUGCACUUCUGGGCUGUGGUUGCCGCGAUGCUAGGUGUUCACGAUCGUUUUAACUUUUGUCUUCCAAAAUUGGCGGUGGUUGAGAUGGUUUGUAAAAUAUGUCAGAGGUACAUAUUUAUGCCACUGUUGCAAAUCGAAACCACUUUGUUCAAAUCUAUGGUUCAGGCUAUAGUGGACGGGUUAAGCGAAUUCACACCGUUCAACUCUUAUGAGAGCCUCAUGUAUUUCGUUCGACGUGUUGCCGGAAUUCCAGGUUAUCAACACAACGUGGACAUGAAGAAGGAAACCAUAUGCAGGAAACUUUUUACCAAGGAGGAGAUGCUCAAUAUGAGAAAAGUGUUCGAAGGAAAACCGGGAUAUGAAUACAUGGAACAAUCGGUCAUCGAUGAUAGAAUACUUUUGUUCAACGUCAAACAGAUCGAUGGAACCGAGCUAAACCAAAAUUCUUUAGAUAACAACUUAGUGAGUGGUGUUUACAACAAGCUUAAUGAUCAAGAAAAUGGCAAAAAUAUUCUGAUAGAACUUUUGGGACUUAAUCACAACGAAGAGCUGAUCAUUGAAGCUGUAGAAAAUGAGGAUGAUUGGACAAGAAAUUUGAAUGACUCUAAACUAAAAUUGUUGUCGGACAGAGAUUUGAGAUAUUUCAAAUUCAAAUGCAGACUUAUGGACAAUAACUACACACGGAUAGGAAAUUUCCUUAACGAAUCUAUGCUUAGCUGGAUGCUCUAUCGUAUGAGGAAAGCUCAUAAUAGUGAAUAAUUCUGGCAAUAAAAUUAUGUAAUAUACGUAAGGGAAAAAUAUACACAUGGGCUUUAUUAAAGUUACACAUGUGCGUGGGUUUUGGAGCAUAGAUUUAUGCCAACAAUAUUGUGAUAUUUCUUACAAGCAAUAAUAAAAGAAAAAAUUACUUUAA